AUGAACCCAAACUCCAAGCUCCUAUUGGACGAGGUGCAUUGUCUCUUCAACGAGCAGAAGACCCAGAUCGAGGACCGAUUAGCUGAGGCGGAUCGGAAGCUGGACUCGCGCUUCAUCGAUAGCAGCCGCCUCCUGGAGAAGCGGUUUGCCGACAUCGACGAAUCCAUCACCAAGCGCCUCGCCGACGUCGACGACUCCCUCAACAAACGCCUAACCGAGGACGACCGCGUCUCCGGCGUCAUGAAGGUCGCGAGCGCCCUGGAGAGCUGGAGCCAGGACUCCGAAGGUGCUAUGGAUGAUCUCAAGCUGAAGCCCAACCCUGAGGUUUCGCUGUUUCAUGGAGAAGCUUAUGAUGUUCAUACUCGUAACCAUCCCCAUGAUCCUAACCCACCCAAUCUCGGCAAACUACCCAAGCAAAAGUUUCCCAUCUAUGAGGGGGAGACUACUUGUCUAUGGAUAUCUCAGGCCGAGGAUUACUUCAACAUGUAUGAAGUACCUCCGUUCCAGUGGGUCAAAAUUUCUCGCAUGAACUUUUGUGGAGCAGCCGGUCGCUGGAUCGAGUCCAUUCCCCAACCAAAUCGCCUACCCUGGCCUGAUUUUUGCAAAAUGCUCCACAAUCGCUUUGGCCGUGAUCAGCGUGACAAGCUUGUGCGCCAAAUGUUCCAUAUAAACCAAAUUUCCACUGUCACUGACUAUGUCGAUCGCUUUUCAUCCCUCUUUGAUCAGCUUAAAGCCUAUCAACCCAAUCCUGACAUGCAUUACUUCACCACUCAUUUCGUGGAUGGGUUACGGGAUGAUAUCAGGAUGGUUGUUACAUUGCAGCGUCCUUCUACUCUCGAUACUGCGUACUCGUUGGCUCUAUUGCAGGAGGAAGUGGCGGCUUCGACUCCGAAGACUGACACCACCAGGAUGGGGUUCAGACCACAGCACAAACUAGCGCUAGCACAGCCACGGCUGCCUGGUGCUAACAAGGUGAUGGGCGACAAGGCUCCUGCCAAGGGCCAAGAUGACAAGCUUUCAACACUUCGGGCCUACCGCCGUGCCCGGGGUCUCUAUGAAGUUUGCGCCGAGAAAUCGGUGAGAGGACACAAAUGUGUUGCUACUGUUUCACCGCAAGCAAUGCAAGAAGCUUGGGAUUUCUUCAAUAUUGAGUCAGCCUCUGAAGAUACUGAUGAACCUGAUGAACAGUUACUUCUGGCCCUGUCAUACGAUGCUCGCAUGGGAUCCCACGGCCAAUGCACUAUUCGGUUUUAUGGCACUGUUCAUGGGCUUUCUGUUGUCAUGUUAAUUGAUUCUGGGAGUUCUUCAUCAUUUCUGGCUGCUUCCAUUGCUGAUCAGUUGCCUCAGCUGGCUCGGGUUCCUAUGGAAGCUUCAGCAAAAAUUGCUAAUGGACAGAUUUUGAGCUGCACAUCUGCUAUUCUUGACUGUCAGUUUUCUUUGUAG